AUCUAUUUCAACACCCACAAAAUUCUAAUCAAACCUCGAUUAUAUUAUCCUUCCAACCAAUUUCUUUGUUUUCAAAUUAAUACAGUACUGGAUUGUUGCUUCAUUCCGCGUUCCUGUUAAUUUGAUGCAAGUUCUCUGAGAGAAUAAGAACAAGGUCUCCAUGGAGUGGAAAAGGCUUACGAGUAUGCCUAAGAGGAAGACCAUCAUGACAGGGGCUAUUGGCCUUUUAUUUGUUGCUUCGUUACUUGGUCCAUCAAGUGGGUGCGAUUUCCCGGCCAUUUACAACUUCGGAGAUUCGAACUCUGAUACCGGCAGUACCUCGGCAGCAUUUGGUCAGCUUCAUUCCCCUUUUGGUGAGACUUUUUUUGGAAGACCUUCUGGCCGGAAUUCUGACGGGCGUCUGAUAAUCGAUUUUAUAGCUGAGGAAUUCAACAAGCAGCUAAAAGAGAAGGUUUCCCAACUUAGGACAAAACUUCCAGAUGCGAGUCUUGUUUAUGUUGAUAUCUACUCUGCUAAAUAUUCUCUAAUCAGCAAUGCAAAAAAAUAUGGUUUUGUUGGUCCUUUUGAAUACUGUUGCGGGGACUUGAGUGACUAUAAGGUUGCUUGUGGAAGGACAGCUGUGGUUAAUGGGAGUGAAAUUUUUGGAGCUUCUUGUAGUGAUCCUUCCAAAUACAUUAGCUGGGAUGGAGCUCAUUAUACUGAAGCUGCAAAUCAGUGGAUAGCCAAGAGAAUUUUGGAUGGCUCCCUCUCGGAUCCCCCAGUUCCCAUCACGGGUGCAUGUCACUAGCUUCCUUCCAGCUACCCAAUAUAAUCUAUACAGUGUUGUAUUUUACUAUAUUUUUAGCUCCUUGAAAAAAUCAUUUCCCUGUUGUUUUAUCUAUUUAUGGUAGAAGCUCAUUGGAAGAUUGUGUUUACCACCCUAGAAGAGGUGAAGGGAAAAGAAAUCCUAGCAUUCCCGUAUACCGUAGCACCGCUUGAAUAAACACAUCUGAGUUGU